AAGUUUCCUUUUCUGCUUUGUGGUCGGAGCUGUGAGCGGGCGGGGGACCACCGGGGUGGGCAUGUCUAACGUCGGUUUGCAGAGGGCCGGGUGCUGAAAGGGUUAAAACAGGCGGCUUCCCGCUUCCCGAGGACGCGGCCCCCGCGGCCAUGGGCAGCCGCGACCACCUGUUCAAAGUGCUGGUGGUGGGGGACGCGGCGGUGGGCAAGACGUCGCUGGUCCGGCGGUACUCCCAGGACAGCUUCAGCAAACACUACAAGUCCACGGUGGGAGUGGAUUUUGCUCUGAAGGUUCUCCAAUGGUCUGACUCAGAGAUGGUGCGGCUCCAGCUAUGGGAUAUUGCAGGACAGGAGCGCUUCACUUCCAUGACACGACUAUACUAUCGAGAUGCCUCUGCCUGUGUUAUUAUGUUUGAUGUCACCAAUGCUACUACUUUCAGUAACAGCCAGAGAUGGAAACAGGAUCUGGACAGCAAGCUUACACUGCCCAAUGGAGAACCAGUACCCUGCCUGCUUUUGGCCAAUAAGUGUGAUCUGUACCCUUGGGCAGUGAGCAGAGACCAGAUUGACCGGUUUAGUAAAGAGAAUGGUUUCACAGGUUGGACAGAAACAUCAGUGAAGGAGAACAAAAAUAUUAAUGAGGCCAUGAGAGUCCUCAUUGAAAAGAUGAUGAACAACUCCAGAGAAGAUACUGUGUCUUUGUCCACCCAAGGGAGCUACAUCAAUCUAAAAGCAAAAUCCUCCCCCAGUUGGACCUGCUGCUAGUAGCAUUUGACUCAUUUCCCAUCCCUGGUGUACAAGGGUCUUUUCAUCAUUCCUGUUGGUCAACCACCCAGCAUAAUUGUGUGUGUG